CACCAGAAGAAAAAGAAAAGGAUCAUUUACACGCGUGAACCACUGAGAUGCCUUUCAUCGAAUCGGUGGGGGUUUCGGCCAAUAAACAAAUCCGUUGGUGGCUCCUGAGUCCUGCUUGCCUCCCUUCAGGAGUUCUGGUGCGCCAGCCAAUGCAUCAGCCUUGAGAAAGAAGUUGAUCACUGUUUGUCUCAUUUUUCUUGCCUUUUAUUCUUAUCCCUGUGGUUUCCACAAACCCCCAUUCAAGAUAGAAUCUUACAUGUCUCGCACCGAGUUCCCCCAAGGUUCUGCUUCCUUCUGCCCCAAGUUUGUUCAUGAAUGUGAUCCUAUGAACAAUACCGCAACUUGUCAAAAUGGGUGAUUUGUUCGCAUUACUUGUCGUCUCUAAGAUCGAUGGUCGAUUUCUUGUAAAUUUACUGGAGUGCCAGUUGUUUUCUUUGCUUAAGCUGAGGUUCUUUAUGUUGCUGCAUCACAUUGCGUUUUGAGUAAAUGCAAGAACUGUAAUAACAAUCGGAUACUAUAUUUCUUCGUCGACUCAAUAAAGACUCUGUAAAAUCUGGGAGGCAAAAGAGAUGGCUGCAGCAAGUAAAGCCAGAAAUAUGCUAGAAGGCCUGAUAAGAGAUGGAUCAUUUAAAUGGUUGCUUGGUAAGCGAAGUUCUUUUGAUCUAGAUUUUGAGGAGAUUGAAACGUCACCUUCUGCCGGGGGGGAUUGGAUACCAGAGCUCUCUUCUGUUGCCAACAUGGUUGUUCGUAGAUGUUCAAAAAUUCUUGGAAAAUCUUCAAGUGAGCUUCAGGAGUGCUUCAAUCAAGAGGCUUCUGAUGCUAUAAAGCAUCCAUCACAAUAUGCGCGGAACUUUCUUGAGUAUUGCUGUUUUCGGGCGCUUGCUGUAUCAACACAAGUGACUAAUUAUCUUUCUGAUAAAAAAUUUCGACGCUUGACAUAUGACAUGAUGCUAGGUUGGGAGACCCCGGCUGCUGCCAGCCAACCAUUGCUUAAUAAGGUUGAUGAGAAUGUAUCUGUUGGUUCGGAAGCUUUCUGUCGUAUAGCUCCUGCAGUUCCCAUCAUAGCCAAUAUCAUCACAAGGGAAAAUCUUUUUGCAGUGUUGAGUUCAGCAACUGGUGGCCGUCUUCAAUUCUCCACCUAUGACAAGUACCUAAAUGGUCUAGAAAGGGCAAUCAGAAAAAUGAAGAACAAUUCUGAGUCAUCUCUCCUUUCUGCUAUACGGUCAUCUAGAGAUGAGAAAAUUCUGGAGGUUGAUGGGACAGUCACCACACAACCAGUCCUUGAACAUGUUGGGAUAUCCACAUGGCCUGGUCGUUUGAUCCUGACAGACCAUGCCCUUUACUUUGAAGCUCACCGUGUUGUAUCAUAUGACAAGCCAAAAAGAUAUGAUUUAUCUGAUGAUCUCAAACAGGUUGUUAAACCUGAGUUGACUGGACCAUGGGGUACUAGACUUUUUGAUAAGGCAGUCUUCUAUAACUCAGAGUCCUUACCAGAGCCAGUUGUGAUAGAAUUUCCAGAGCUUAAAGGGCAUGCUCGUCGUGAUUAUUGGCUUGCUAUCAUACGGGAAAUCCUCUGUGUCCAUAAAUUUAUUAAAAAGUAUGACAUUAAAGGGAUUUCACGGGAUGAAGCACUUUGGAAGGCUGUCUUAGGAAUUUUGCGUCUACAAGCCAUUCUAGAUAUCGGUUCUCCAACUUCUGUACAACAUGAGACUCUUCUCAUGUUUAAUCUGUGUGACCAGCUUCCAGGUGGGGACUUGAUAUUAGAAACCAUUGCCAGCAUGUUAAACUCAAGGGAGUCAGGUGACAGCGAUCACUCUAAGGCUGAAAGUGGAAUGCAUUCUGUUUCAGCCUUGGAGAUGGUUUCUAACUUGGGAUUUGUAUUUGGAUCAAGUUCAAACAGCUCUAAUGAGAGCAGGCUUUCGGUGGGGGAGAUAUCAGUUGGAGAAAUGACUCCAUUGGAAAGAGCAGUUCAAGAGUCUAAGGACGACUAUAAAAAGGUGGUAUCUGCACGAGCAACUGUUGAUGGAGUUAAAGUUGAGGGCGUGGACACUAAUUUGGCUGUCAUGAAGGAGUUACUCUUUCCAAUAAAUGACCUUUGGAAAUCUCUUCACUCUCUGGCUUGUUGGAAUGAUCCAUGGAAGUCGCUGGGGUUUUGUUUGAUCUUUAGUUAUAUCAUCUACAGGGGAUGGAUUGGCUACGCAGUGGCGGUGGUGCUGCUAUUCAUUUCAGCUUUUCUGUUAAUUACUCGAUCUUUUAACCAAGGUAGACCUGUUGAUGAAGUUAAGGUAAUAGCGCCUCCACCAAUGAAUACAAUGGAGCAGCUUCUGGCUGUUCAGAAUGCUAUCACUCAAGCUGAACAGAUCAUACAGGAUGGUAACAUCAUUCUGCUCAAGUUGCGCGGCUUGUUACUGUCCAUUUUCCCUCAGGCCACCGAGAAAUUUGCCUUUGCUCUUGUGUCAGCAGCCUUGGUUCUGGCUGUCUUACCUGGCAAGUACAUAGUCCUACUAGUCUUUUUGGAAAUAUUCACGAGGAACUCACCACCCAGAAAAGCCAACACGGAGAGAUGCGCUAGGAGACUUCGGGAAUGGUGGUUUAGCAUACCUGCUGCUCCAGUUGUACUUGAAAAAGAUAAGGAGGAAAAGAAGAGAAAGUGAUGGUGUAAUCUGUUGUGAAAUUAUGUACGAUGUCUGUGUAGUGUGUUCUCUCUCUCUCUUUUGGUAAUAGUGUGUAGUGUGUUCUGUCAUUCAUAUGUUGAAAAAUGAACUCUUUUAACACCAACAUUAUAAAGGAUUUGUACAUUAUAUAAAUCAAGUAAAUUUCUUUUAAAAAUGCCCGGAGUGCUUGUGGGAGGCAUUU